AUGAGUGCCGCGCCAGGCGUGGAGAAGUGGGACAUUUCGCCCCUUGAGGUGGAACAGAGAGAGGACAUGGUGGCCCUGGUCGUUGCUUUCAACUUUGCACCCCCCAAAGCCCUUCAAAAUCGCCUGCCUCUCUUCCCUUCAACACCAGCGCAAACAAAGUCGACUACCCAACAACUAUCAGCGUCUCAACAAGUUUCUCCUGUCACCGGUGUGAAUAAUGCUAACACCACUGUUCCCAGUACGUCUGUAACACCUACGACUCAGGUCAGUGUUGCAUCUUCCCCAGUGCAAAGCACUCCUACGGCCACCACCGUCGUCCUCACGGCUGCCGUUACCUCAGUUUCUCCCUCAUCUGCUUCGAGUCGUGCGAUGUUUCCUGUCUUCCCUGUUUUUACGAGUCCCAGCACCACUCCAUGGGCUGCUAAUGCCUGUUCUACCAGCACAGUUCCUGCCACCAGCGCAAAACCAGCACCAAAGCCGGUCGCAGCUACCACGGUUUCAGGUGGUCCCACUGCCACCGCCUCCAUCGAGCCGCCAGCUGUCACCGACUCGGUGGCUCCUCUUUCCGUCCCUCCACCUUCGACUUCCCAAGCAAUGUUUCCUAUGUUCCCAGUAUUCACCCAGUCCCAGACGUCGUCGGUGCCUUCGUGUUCCUCAUCGAAUGUACCCUUCACAGCCUCUGUGCCCUCGAAUAAUGCGGUGUUUCCAUCCACGUCGGUGGCUUUCACUCCGACCGUAUCUUACCAUGCCGGUUACGCAACUAUGACAACCUCGACAACCAACGCGCCAUCGCAAUCGAAUUGUGAUGAACCCACGUCUCUCACACGAAUGCUGUUGUAG